AUGAAAAAGAGUGAAAUAAUACGUUUAAUUGAGGAGAGUGAUGUGUACAAAAAUGACAACGAAGUUGUUAAAGAUGCUGUAGAUCAAAUAAUAGGGAACAGAAACCAAAAAUCCGAUCAGGAUAGUGAAAUAGAACUAGAGCGUCUUAGAUUAGAGAGAGCUAAAAUAGAAUUACAAUUAGCGCAAUUAAGGGCUACUGAAAAUAGUACUCAGACUUCCGUUAAUGUAGAGAGUAAAACCGAACCAGAAGAGUCUCUGGAUAGCUUAUUAAAGUCUGACUCUGUAUUUGGUUAUAUUGUAGGAGGUAGCGUUUCGAGUUCAGUUAAAUUAAAUUCUAACUAUUGCGGUUUAAUAUGUGGAGCAGAAGAAUUAAAUUCAAACUUGAGAAAAUUUUGGGAGAUUGAGGAAAUGGGUAAUGAAUUACCUAAAAGUAAAGAGAAUGCUAUUUGUGAGGAGCAUUAUGCGCGAACACAUAGAAGAGGUGAGACAGGAAAAUAUACUGUGGCGAUGCCAUUUAAAGAGCAUUGGUCAUGUCUAGGGAAUUCAAGAGAUAUUGCUCUAAAACGACUCGAAUCGCUGUGGACUCGCCUGUCUAGAGACCAAAAAUAUCUGAAACUGUAUUCUGAUUUUCUGAAGGAGUAUGAGGAGUUAGGCCACAUGAGCGAGAUACAAGAUGAAAGGGUUGAACCUGAAGUGACAUAUUAUAUGCCUCAUCAUGGCAUCUAUAGGCCUCAAAAAACGACGACUAAACUACGUACUGUGUUUAAUGCGUCCACCUUGACUAGUAGUGGAAAAUCGCUCAACUCAAUUCAGUAUAACGGCGGAGUGAUUCAAGACGAUCUAUUUACAUUGCUAAUUAGAUUCAGAAAACAUAUAUUUGCAUUUACUGAAGAUAUUCGUCAGAUGUAUCGUAUGAUCAAUAUAGAUGAGAGUCAAAGAAAUCUACAAAGAAUUUUAUGGAAAGAGGGAGCUAAUGAGCCCGUUAAAACGUAUCAGCUAAAUACGGUUACCUACGGAACGGUUAGUGCUCCAUAUCUAGCCAUGAGAACACUUAAGCAAAUUUCCAUUGACGAGGGAAAAAACUUUCCAAGUGCUGCAUCAGUCUUGUGCCAUGAUUUUUAUAUGGACGACGUUUUAAGUGGAGCGAGUACAUUGGAAGAGACAAAAACUUUGCAACAUGAACUUGUUGGCAUUCUAAAAACUGCCCAGAUGUCAUUACACAAGUGGUGUGGAAAUACGUCCGAGCUUAUUCCUGCUACUGAGAAAGAGUAUGAGCUCUCAUCUACAGAUGAAAUUAAGACUUUAGGGAUUGCCUGGAAGGCUAAAGCUGACUGCUUUACCUUUAAAGUAGAUUUACAGCAUAAUGCCCAUCCUACCAAAAGGUCGGUCUUAUCCAUUAUCGCCCGACUUUUUGAUCCACUUGGGUUACUUGGGCCAGUGAUCACGAAGGCAAAAAUAUUCAUGCAACAAUUGUGGUUGCUCAAGAUCGAUUGGGGUGAAAUGCUUCCCGAGAAAGAAGCUAGUGAAUGGCAAGAGUUUGUAACAUCUUUAAGAAACUUAAAUGACAUUAACAUAGAAAGAUGUAUUGUCAUUCCAAAUGCGGAAGUGAAUGAGCUUCAUGGAUUCUGUGACGCGUCUGAAAAGGCAUAUGGCGCUGCAAUCUACGCCAGAACAGUUGAUUCAGCGGGUGAAGUGAAAGUGAAGCUAAUCGUGAGUAAAUCUCGUGUGUCACCAAUCAAGCAGGUAACUAUACCUCGUUUAGAAUUAUGCAGUGCCGUUCUGCUCACCAAAUUGAUGCAGAAGGUAAAAAAUGCAUUAAAAAUGGAUAUUACGUCAGUAUCGUACUAUUCGGACUCUACAAUCGUGCUUUCGUGGAUGAGGAAAGAGUCACGAGACUUAAAAACAUUUGUUGCGAACAGAGUGGCUACUAUUCAAGAAUCCACAGAAAUGAAUCAGUGGCAUCACGUUCCUUCCGAACAAAAUCCCGCUGACGUCAUUUCAAGAGGACUUGAUCCAACGAGAAUGCAACAAAGUGACUUAUGGUGGUUUGGUCCAACCUUCCUCCAAGAACUGGUUGUGAACUUUCCUGGUGAUUGCGACGACAUCCACGAUUCAUUGGACAGUUCUAUGCAGAACAGGGACAUUUCUUCUGAGAAACUUUAUUUAGCAGAACUCAAAAAUUCGACUAAUUUUUGUUUAAUUUCAGCUGUGGACUCAUCAUUUUUAGAUAAUAUACUUAGUGUAACAAAUAGAUUUAUUAAUAAUUUGAGAAACUCGAGCAAAAUGUCAGGUCCUUUAACCACCAAGGAACUGCAGUUGGCCAAGUUAACUUUAGUCAAACUUGUUCAGGUAGCUGCCUUUAAUUGUGAAAUAAAAGCCCUCAAAAAAGGUGAAAAUGUUAAUAAGAGUGAGAAUCACAAAUUCACGUUGUUAGUUAUGCAAUAUUUUCAUCUUAAAUAUUUGCAUGUUGGUGCACAAACAUUGUUGUAUUUGGUGAGACGGGAAUAUUGGCCAUUAUCUGGCAGAAAUACAGCCAGAAAAAUUAUUCAUGAUUGUGUUAUUUGUGCUAAAACUAAACCUAGAACGGUAACCCAAAUUAUGGGAAAUCUCCCAACCAAUAGAGUUAAACCUAAUUAUCCUUUUACUCAUGUUGGGAUAGACUUUUGUGGACCUUUCUAUAUUAAAUACAAGGGUCAGAGGAAAGGCAAUUAUCAAAAAUGUUAUGUGGCUGUUUUCAUUUGCUUUGCUACUAAGGCAAUCCACUUGGAAAUAGUCACUGACUUAACUGCAGAGGCAAUGAUUGCCACUUUAAAGCGCUUUUUUAGCAGAAGAGGUGUUAGUUCCUCUAUCUGUUCUGAUAAUGCAACUAAUUUCAAAGGGGCCAAUUCAGAUUUGAAACGUUUGCAAAAUAUGAUUGGUAGACCCCCAGAGCCAUUAGCUAAUUACUUAACAACUGAGCAAGUGACAUGGAAAUUUAUUCCACCAAGGUUACCUAACUUCGGUGGCUUAUGGGAGGCGGGUGUUAAAUCUUUCAAACACCAUUUAAAGAGAGUUGUUGGUAAUGCGCGUUUAACAAUGGAACAGUUUUUGACUAUUGUUAUUCAAAUUGAAGGUAUUCUAAACAGUCGCCCACUGACACCCUUGUCAUCAGAUCCAAACAAUUUUGAAAUUUUGACCCCAGGCCAUUUUUUAAUCGGCCGUCCCAUAAAUUGUAUUCCUGAUCCAGAUUAUUCAGAGAGAAAAGAUAAUCUUUUAUCUCAAUGGCAAAGAUUGAGCAAAAUGGUCCAAACAAUUUGGAAAAAAUGGAAAUUAGAUUACUUAAAUAAUUUGCAAGCCAGACACAAAUGGCAGUUUGAGAAACAAAACAUCUCAAAGGAAUCUAUGGUUCUUUUAAAAGAUGAUAAUCUUCCCCCUUGCCAGUGGACAAUGGGAAGAAUACAAGAUUUAAUUUAUGGAUCAGACGGCAAACUGCAGCAAAAUGUCACCAGUAUACGAAGAAAUUCAUUUGAACUGGAUGAUGCGGAUGCAACUGAAUUAACAGAUCUUGAAGAAGAAUUGGAGCAAUGUGUUGUCCGCCUCGAGGAUUUGGAGGAAAGGACAACCCUUCAGAUCCUACAGAUCAGACAACCCUACUUGUCUAGAGGACUCAGUACUAAAUCUCUCAUAUGUGAAAAUAAGUGGUGGAAUGGUCCAUCAUUUCUACUAUCUGAUGAACUUCCAGAAACUAUUUAUGAUAAAGGUAUAUUGAGGGUAGGAGGAAGAUUGGAAAAUUCCCAAUUGUCAUAUUCAGGGAAACAUCCCAUAAUAUUACCCUCAAAGGAGAGCGCCCCUUUGUGGCGUUUUGAAGAAGACAACCAGUUCAACGACAGACCUGCACCCUGA